GAUAGCUCCAUCCAUCUGAUACUGACACUGCUCGGGAGAGCUUGCUAGCUGAUUCGGUCGAUGGGUUCUUGCGCCUCGCGUUCGACGGCGGCGACGGCGACGGCGGCGGCGGGGUUCACCGCCACGGUUGUGUUCCAGGACGGCUCCAUGGCGCAGUUCCCGGCGCCCGCCACGACGGUGCGGGACGCGCUGGGCGCCGACGACCACGCGUCGUCGUCGUCGUCUUGCUUCGUCUGCUGCUCCGACGAGCUCCGCUUCGACGCGCCCGCGCGCGCGAUGGACGCGCACGACGCGCUCCGGCCGGGGCAGCUCUACUUCGUGCUGCCCCUCUCCGCGCUCCACCGGCCGCUCUCCGGCCAGGACAUGGCCGCGCUCGCCGUCAAGGCCAUCGCGGCGCUCGGGUCCUCCGCCGCAGCCAUCGACGCGGACCGUGCAGCCGGCAGCAGCAGCGUGUCCUCGUCGUCGUCGUCGUCGUCGCAGGGCAAGACCGCGCGCGUCGCCGGCAAGCAGCGGCAGCAGAAGGCUCGAGUGGCGCCGCUCGUCUCCGGCGCCGGCGCCGACCACGCGUACGGCGGAGACGACGCCCAGAAAACUGUGCACGGUGAUCGGACGACGGUGGGGAAGGCGAUGACCACCAUUGCUCGCCAUCGCGUCGGAUUGCAGAGGCUGAGCGCCAUCUCGGAAGGCAGCGAGUGAUCCAAACUGGUUACACAAGUUUGAUGAACGAUUAGUCGUUAAUUACUACUUAAUCAGUUCGUCGAGUUACUAAUUACGUGCUCCCACAUUUGUAAAUCGAGGAGUCUAUACGUGUACAGUCUAUUUUCAUGUACAGGCAAUUUUGAUACUGAUUCAGUGAUUCUUUGAGUUGCUGUUUGGAGUUACU